AUGCCAAGUAUUUCAGUAAAUAAAAAAAAUCAAAAAUGGCAAAAGAAAUGUGAUAAAUUUAGCUUAAAACCUUUACCACCCAUCAUUAAGAAGAAUCUUGGAAAUGAAAGCAAUCUAAAAGAAAUAUCCAGUUGUUUAGGAGGCCCUAUUCACAAUUUAAUUACUGCAAUUACUAUUUUUGAAAACAACCCUCAAACAAAAGUUGCUGAAUUAGCUCGUAAAUGUAAUACAUUAACUUUAUCCAAAUUAAUGAAUAAAACAAAUUCAAACAAUUAUAAAGAGGAAAUCACUAAAAGAUUUUUAGAGGGAAUCUUUGAAACCUUGGAUUCUUCUUGA